AUGGAGGCAGAUCUCAUGGCCUGCCGCAAGAGCGCAGGAAAGUCCCGUAUCGGCGCAUACGUGCCCUACGCAUCGUCCCAAGAGAUCAAAGCUUACCUUGACGGUGUUGCUACGCAUUUUGACCUGAAAAGGUUCAUCAAGUUCAGCACCAAAGUCACCAACGCCCAAUGGUCCGAGGACACUAGCACAUGGACUGUCAGAGUCGAGAAUGGUUCCACCUAUGAGGCGGAGGUCCUAUUCAACGCCGGUGGUAUCCUCAACAAUCUUCAAAUGCCAAACAUCACCGGCAUCAACACCUUCGCUGGCCCCAUUCUUCACACCGCCGAUUGGGACUCAUCAGUGGAUCUCAGGGGUAAAAGGAUUGGCGUCAUCGGUGCUGGGGCCAGUGCCGUUCAGCUAUUACCUCAGAUACAGCCGACGGCGACGAAGGUCACCCUCUUCAUCCGCACACCGUCCUGGAUUUCACCUCCUGUCGCUCUACCGGAGGCUGACCGGCCAAGCUACUCUUAUGACGAUGGGGAGAAGACCAGAUUCCGAGAAAACGAUGCCGAAUACCUUGAAGAUCGGAAGCGGUUGGAGGCGCAGUUCAAUGGCAUGUUCGACGCCUUCUUCAAAGCUAGCCCGCAGCAGAGAGACCUCCGGGAACGAUUUGAAAGCCGCAUGAGAUCUCUGAUCCGCGAUGUGGCUCUCCAAGAGCGGCUGAUUCCCAAGUUCGAGGCGGGCUGUCGACGGAUUAAUCCUGGAGAGCAGUACCUUCUGACACUCCAAGAGUCAAACGUUGAACCCGUCUUCGAGAGUAUUGAGAAGAUCACUGCUACUGGCAUAGUCGCCGGUGGAGUUGAGUAUCCUGUGGAUGUUCUCAUUGCAGCCACCGGCUUCAACACAACCUUCAGACCGCGCUUCCCGAUCAUCGGUAGAGAUGGCAAGAACUUGCAGGAGGUCUGGUCUGAGAGUCCCACUUCUUACUGCGGGACGGGCGUUUCUGGAUUUCCCAACUACAUGAUAUUCCUGGGUCCCAAUACGCCCAUAUCCAAUGGCAGUCUCAUGGGCCCAAUCGAAGCUACGGGCGACUACUUCGUUCGCAUUCUCACCAAGAUGAUUCGACAACGCAUCAAGUCUUUUGACGUACGCAUCGAGGCUCAAACAGACUUUGACAACCACACACAAGAGUUCAUGCUUAAGAAAGAUGUCAACGGAAAGGUGAGCGCGCUGUGGUGCGGUAGCUCACUCCACUACAUGCAGUCACUUGCCGAAGACCGCUGGGAGGAUUACCAAUGGCGCUUUGAUGGGAACCGCUAUGCAUACUGGGGCAAUGGAUUCUCCUGGAUCGAGAAACCCGAGUUGGACCCCAUAGGCAUUGAUGAAAGGGAGUACUCAAAGACAAUGACCACCAUUGCAGAAAGAUCAUCGGACCUCAGCUUCUAUCUGGGUAAGGCUGAUCCCUUGCCAACGGGUGUCUUAGUUCACGUGGUGGACGCCGAAGCUCAGUGUCAGCAUAUCGUGGGGCAGGCUGAGGUCCGUGGAGCCAAUCUGACCAAGUCCGAGCAGAAAGAUGCGGACGUUACUGAGCAGGAGAUGCGUUCUGGUUUAGAGUCUUGUGUUCCCGCUAUUGCGGUAGGAGUUUAA